AUGCAGAAUAUCGGGUCCUUCAAACUACCAAGAAGUUAUUUCAGCGGGGCCAAAUCGAGCGAGAUAGAGGGUCUUGAGUUACAUAUACUAGCUGACGCAAGCGAAAAGGCCUAUGGGUGUGUGGCUUACUUUCGAGCGAUUGUUAAGGGCGAAGUGAGGUGCGCAUUGGUGAUGAGUCGUUCUAAGGUGGCUCCACUAAAGCAGGUAUCAAUACCGCGCCUAGAGCUACUAGCAGCAGUUCUUGGCGCACGACUAUUACGAACGAUUCAUGAAAACCACAGUUUUGCGAUUCACAGAGUCAUCUUCUGGGUUGACGCUAGUGUCGUCCUUUCGUGGAUUCGGUCAGAUCAGAGGAGGUACAAGCAGUUCGUCGGUUUCAGAAUUGGCGAGAUUCUCAGUAUAACUAAAGUGAGCGAUUGGCGUUGGAUACCGACUAGACUAAAUGUGGCUGAUCAGCUAACGAAAUGGGGUAAAGAUCCGGAGAUGCAUUCCGACAGUGUGUGGGUACGAGGACCCACAUUUUUAUACGAAAUCGAGCAGAACUGGCCAAAAAAGGAACUACCGCCAGCAAACACAACAGAAGAACUUCGUAUCCACUUAUUAUUGCACGAAACAAAAGGACAAGCAAUUCUAAUCGAUGCAACGCGUUUUUCCAAGUGGAACGUGCUCGUUCGGACAAUCGCGCCCGUAUUUCGCUUCAUCUCGAAUUGCAAACGAAAGACCAAAGGGUUACCGAUUGAGACAUUGAAACCAACGGAACGACAGGCGAAGGCGUUGAAGCAGAAUACAAUGGCCUGCAUACGUGUACCGUUGCAACAAGAGGAGUAUGAAAAGGCAGAACAUUGUCUGCUAAAAAUGGCACAGGCGGAAAGCUUCAUCGACGAGCUGAAGGUGCUGAAACGAAAUAAAGAUAGACCAAUAAAUCAAUGGCUUCCGUUAGAGAAAUCCAGUCCACUGAAAAAGCUGACUCCGCUAAUCGACGAAAAUGGCUUGAUUCGAAUGGAAGGCCGCUGCGAGCGAGCAGAAGAUCUUCCGUUUGAUUUAAGGUUUCCAGUAAUUUUACCAGACAACUCAAGGAUUACCAAUCUGAUUGUCCAAAACCUUCAUGAGAGGUGUGGUCAUGGAUAUCGACUAGCGGUGAAAAACAAACUCAGGCAGUCGUUUCACGUAAUUCAUGUGGAUGCAGUGGUGAGAAAGGUAUCGUCGGCUUGCAUCUGGUGCAAAGUUCAUCGUAAUCGUCCUCAAGUUCCUAGAGAAUCUCCGUUGCCAGUGCAGCGAUUGACUCCGAAUCUCAGACCAUUCAGUUUCGUGGGAGUUGAUUACAUGGGACCAUUUGAAGUGGUUGUUGGACGGCGCAAAGAAAAACGCUGGAUAGCAUUAUUCACAUGCAUGGUAACGCGAGCGGUGCAUCUAGAGGUGGCUCAUGGGUUAACCACGCAGUCCUGCUUGAUGGCGAUAAGCCGUUUCAUCUGUCGUCGAGACUGGCCGAUCGAAUUUAUUUUCGAUAACGGUACCAAUUUUCAAGGGGCUAGUAAAGAGUUAUUGGCGCUGCUUGAAAACAUCGUGUUCGAUUGUGCAGAUCAAUUCACUAAUGCGAGGACUAAGUGGAGAUUCAAUCCACCUGCGGCACCUCAUAUGGGGGGUGUGUGGGAGCGACUGGUUCGCUCAACCAAAGAAAUUUUGAAGGCCCUAGAUGAUGGUAAACGACUUACUGAUGAGAUUCUCCAGACGUGCAUCGUGGAAGCAGAGGACAUGAUAAAUUCACGUCCGCUUACGUACGUGUCACAAGAAUCAGAUGAAAUGGAAGCGUUGACGCCAAAUCAUUUCCUGCGGGGCCCUCCAUCCAGCCUCCGAAACGCAGCGAUUCCACCCCCGUAUCCGGCUGAGGCUCUUCGAGAUACCUACAAACGAUCACAACAGUUAGCGAGUGAGCUGUGGCAACGCUGGAUCAAAGAGUAUGUUCCGUCAUUGAAUCAACGCACAAAGUGGUUUGGCGAAACGAAACCACUGAAAGCGAGCGACUUGGUGUAUAUUGUCGAAGGCAACAACCGGAAGUGCUGGGUCCGCGGAAUAGUAGAAGAACCCAUCGUGUCUAGCGAUGGACGUAUACGGCAGGCAUGGGUGCGUACCAGAACUAAGCGAUACAAGCGUGCUGUAGUGAACUUAGCCGUGCUGGAGUUAGAAGCUGGUAACACCGAACCGGACAUAACUUCCGGACCAGGGUUACGGGUCGGGGAAUAUGUUGGGAGCACUGCAGAUCUACUACCGCACGGUAUGUGA